AGCUGACACAGCUUCAUAUCACAGUCUGCAAGCUGACAGCAUGUUCGCAGUUUGGAGGAAGCUGAGUUUAAGUCGCGCUGUUGCUGCAGCCGACUUGUUCUCCUCUUUACCUGCAAGACAAACUUUGUUUCUGCGCAGCGACACACGGAGUCUGUGCGUAACGGCCAGCAGAAAGAGUUCAGGGAAACGCUACAAUGUGCCAACGAGCGCCGAGUUCGUGGCCCGGGUGUCGGGGAUCCCCACCAUGGCCAAGCUGCCACACCAGGAAACCGCAGACGGACUCGACGCGGCGUUUAUCGGAGUCCCGAUUGACACCGGGACGUCGAACCGACCUGGAGCCAGGUUUGGUCCGCGGCACAUCAGAGUAGAGUCUGCCCUCCUGAGGGCUUACAACAGCGGCACCAGGGCAGCACCUUAUGAGUCCCUCAUGGUGGCGGAUAUUGGAGAUGUGAACGUGAAUAUGUAUGACCUGAAGGACACCUGCAAGCGCAUCAGGGAGGCCUACAGAAAGAUCGUGGCGACUGGCUGUAUUCCGCUGACUAUGGGUGGCGAUCACACAAUUGCUUAUCCAAUCCUGCAAGCUGUUGCUGAGAAGUAUGGUCCAGUGGGUUUGGUCCACGUGGAUGCUCACGCUGACACCAGUGACGUGGUCUUGGGGGAGAAGAUAGGCCACGGGACUCCAUUCAGACGCUGUGUGGAGGAAGGGCUUCUGGACUGUAAGAGAGUCGUCCAGAUCGGCCUGCGGGGGACCGGCUACUCUCCGGACUCAUAUGAAUGGAGCCGAGCUCAGGGUUUCCGUGUGGUCCAAGCAGAGGAAUGUUGGUUCAAACCUCUUGCACCACUCAUGGCUGAGGUCAGGGCUCAGAUGGGCAGCGGUCCAGUAUACCUCAGCUUUGACAUCGAUGCUCUUGACCCAGGCUUUGCCCCCGGGACUGGCACUCCAGAGAUAGCAGGACUCACUCCCAUACAGGGAGUUGAGAUUAUCCGAGGAUGCCGCGGUCUCAGCCUUGUUGGAUGUGAUCUGGUGGAGGUGUCUCCUCCCUAUGACACCACAGGAAACACUGCGUUGACUGGAGCCAACCUCCUCUUUGAGAUGUUGUGCGUCCUCCCAAAAGUUAAAUAUUACUGAUCAGUACUGUCCACUAAAAACUGAACAGGUCAUUUGUUAACAGUCAGUACUGACACCUGAGUGCCAAAUAAGCAGUCUGUCCUGUUGUACAUACUGGAAAUGAAAGUAAAUCCUGAAUGUAUACAAUUUUAUAUUUGCACUAUUGAAGACCAGAUAAAGUACCUGACAGCAGAAGACAUUGUAGCUUUGAUAAAUCCAUAUAAGUAACUCUUCAAAUUGCAGCUAACAUUCACAGUUUAUGUUGUCCAAUAAUAAACCAAGCACACAGUAAGUCUGGA